AAAUCAUAUUGCCGUCAUGAAAUCUCUCUUUUUGAAACGCAGGUGCAGACAUUGACUUCAAACAUGCGGAAAACGAAAACCAUGGCACAACUUUGUACCUCGCUUCCUUGGCUGGGCAUGUUGACAUAGUGAGGCUGCUGCUCCGCAAGGGGGCGUCUAUGGUGGAAAGAACGGGUUCAAUGGCCCCUCUUCAUGCAGCAGCGCUCAAUGGACGGACAGAAGUGGCGGAAUUGCUGGUGCAGCAUGGUGCAACGUUAGACAUACGGGACGGCUUCCAGAAUACACCACUCAUGUAUGCAUGUGCCUGCCAACGUGUCGACUUAGUUCGGCGACUGCUUGAGCUCGGAGCAAGGCCUGAUUUUCACGACUGUUUUGUAGUCCAGAAGUUGAGAAGUUUAGGCGGAAACCCUGACAGUGACGAGGGUUUUCAGCUGGUUAAAGAGGCGAGGAAGACCAAGCUGUUGAGAUGCUGCAACCCUAAGUGUGGUAAACCAGGCUACAGGAAAACCGGGACCCUGAAGCUGUGUGGCCGGUGCAAGCUGACCCGCUACUGCAGCCGUGACUGUCAGAUACAACACUGGUCUGUCGGACACAAGAAGUGCUGUGGGCAUGAUGCGUACACUGGCAAGCGAGCCGAGUUCUUCCAGCAUUGGAAUUUCUUCAUAGCAAAUCACGUUCAAGAACAUGGAUUCAAAGCAAGCAAACAACUUUUACAACGUUCAGACAUGAUGGCGACAUUUCUAAACUUAUAGUUAUUUAUGAACCGGUGUUGAUUGCAUGAUAACGCCACAGCCAUGUUUAAUGUAGUGAAAAAUCAGUGGCAUAUAAUACUUGUAUACAUGUAUCAUUCUGAUGGCGUCUUUAUGUAGAAAAUAACAUGACAUGUUUUCUUGUCAUUUUUUACACAUGUAUUCUCUCCAAAUGUUCAUACGGUUUUGUUUUGCUGAUUCGGCUUAUCUUGUUGAAGAAAGUAAAGUUAUGUUAGAGAGUAGUUAGAGAGUAACAUAGAAAGUGGGAUUUUUUUACAAAGCCACUUUUGUAGUGAACACUUUUCUAGCCUGGAUGUCAGAUUGUUGCACAGGCCCACUCCUCGGCUCUAGAGCCAACUGUCCUCAAUGACCUUGGG